UGCGGCCUUGCUCAGUUUGAUGGUGGACACGGCCGUCAUGCUGGGCGCUCCAGAGUCGUCGGCGCUGACCCAGAUGGAGAAGGCUCUCGCCUUCGAGACCAAAGUGGCUCAUAUCCUGAUUCCCUACGAGAACCGCACCAGUGAGAACAUGUACAACAGAUACUCGUUGUCUCGUCUGCAGCGCUCCGUACCGCAGUUCGACUGGCUGGGUUUCGUCAAAGCUGUGGUGGAGUCUAAGAGCGACCCGGCUCGCUCCAUCUCCUCCUCUGAGCCCGUCAUCGUCCGAGCCCCGCAGUACUUCAAGGAACUUUUCAAGCUCAUUAACGCCACGGACCCCAGGACCGUGGCAAACUACGUGCAGUGGAGGACGGUUUUUUCCAGGAUCACCACUCUGAGUCGUCGUUUCCUCUACAGAUACCUCGACUACGCUCGGGUAACCACGGGAACCACCUCUCUCACCCCGCGCUGGGAUAAGUGCGUGAACUACGUGGAGAACUCGCUUGUUUACGCCACCGGGCGCCUUUUUGUCAACACACACUUCCAGGAGGACAAGAAACACAUGAUGGAGGAGCUGAUCGGGGGAGUUCGCUGGGCGUUCAUCGACAUACUGCAGAAAGAGAACGAGUGGAUGGAUCAGCCGACGAAGGACAGAGCCAUAGAAAAGGCUCACGCAGUCCUGGCAAAGGUCGGCUACCCCGAGUUUAUCCUGAACGACACCUACCUGAGUGAAGAUCUCAAGGAGCUAAAGUUCAAUGAGCUGGAUUACUACGGCAACGUGAUGCAGACGCUCAAGUUCAUCGCCCAGUCCGAUGUCGCCUGGCUCCGAAAGAGCGUGCCUCGUACGGAGUGGUUCACAAACCCGACCACUGUGAAUGCCUUCUACAGUUCCUCCACCAAUCAAAUCCGAUUUCCUGCCGGAGAGCUUCAGAAACCCUUCUUCUGGGGGAGAGAGUAUCCGAGAUCUUUAAGUUACGGUGCCAUCGGGGUGAUCGUCGGACAUGAACUGACACACGGCUUUGACAAUAACGGUCGUAAAUACGACAAAAAUGGAAACCUCGACCAGUGGUGGAGCAACUCGUCAAUAACAGCCUUCAAUGAGAAGACCCAGUGUAUGAUAGACCAGUAUAAUGGCUACCACUGGGAGGAGGCCGCCCUGAAUGUGCGCGGUAAGAGGACUCUGGCAGAAAAUAUAGCCGACAAUGGAGGAAUAAGAGAAGCGUUCAGGGCGUACAGGAGGUGGGUGGACGAGAGCAGAGGUGGUGUGGAGGAGCCUCUUCUGCCCGGAGUCGGCCUGAACAACAACCAGCUGUUCUUCCUCAGCUACGCACAUGUGAGAUGUAACUCAUACAGACCAGAAGCAGCAAGGGAUCAGAUCCAGAGCGGAGCCCACAGUCCGCCAAAAUACAGAGUCGUCGGAGCCAUGAGUAACUACGAGGAGUUUCGGAACGUGUUCAGCUGUCCCGAGUCGUCGGUCAUGAACCGAGGAGCGCAGUCCUGCCGGGUGUGGUGACCUCUGACCUCAGCGUUACCCUGAACGUGGCCCGAGCCGUGAGCAGGAGGCCUGUGUUGAAAAGGCUGAUCAUGCCGGACGUAGCCUACAUAGUUUACAUGAUGUGAGUUAUUCUCUGAACCCAACUCAUGCUAGGAACUGAAUUUUAAAGGUAUAUUUACUGCACACGUUGCAGCUACGGCAUAAAUUAUGACUCGAGACUUUUGUCAGUCAUAGUUUAUCGAUUACGUUUGGCAAAAAUAUAUUUGCAAGCUGUUGUUGUAAAAACUGCCAAUUUUCUAUAACAACAGACGUACGGGACAUGCACUGUAAGUGUGACGAGAUAAAGGUCGAGCCUUUCCCAUGGGAAUAAAGAAGUUAUACAUCAGGGUGAAGGUACAAUGACUAUAUAUAUUUUUACAGGAACACAUAUUCUAGAUGUUACAGUGACUGUGAGAAGCAGAAAUAUAUCAGGUCAACAUCUAUAGACGUAUUUAUUAGCGGCCUAGUCGAUGGAUUCCCAGAAUCCAUCAAACCAAAGACUAAUUCAUGUUUGAGCAAAACUUAAAAUACAGAAAAAUCUAAAAUAUCUUUGAAACCAUAUAUUUUGCUUGAAAUAAUUGUGCACGCCUGUUUCAUGACAAUGUACCGUUCAGAAAGUAAAGUGAUAUCAACCUUCUCAUAUAUGUUUGACACGUAAUGUGAGACUUCAUAUGUUUUGUAGAUUGUGUGUGCGUGUGUGUGCGUGUGUGUGUGUGUGAGUGAUCUCUUUUAAUAAGUCCCCGGUUUCCGUCGGACUUUGUUUGUCUGCUUCAGUUCGGCCUGAGGCUGCUGAACUCACAGAAUCAUAAGAACUCAAAUCACGAGAUGAACUCCCUGUUUGUCUUUGAGUCUGUGGCACUGAACUGAACGGCAGGUUCUUGUGUGACGUGAUGUUUCUCUGGAGGACUGGAGGUUACUCAGAAAAUUACAAUAGCUUCUAUUGUUUUAAACAUUUUUUUUUUUAUUUCUAAAUCAACUUUCCAGGUUGUUUUGUGUAUUUAAAUGAUUGUCGCCAUGUUGUUCCACGUUUAAUUGAUUUUUUUUUUUUCAUAGUUGUGAUUCAAAGAAAAACCCUGUGUCCAAGUUUAUUUUGGACGCUGCUGAUUUGUGACACAGACCUGUUGCCCCAGCUCUUCCUGAAUUCAAGCUUUGUGUUUACAUGGUUGAUUUAGAUGUUUCCCUGACACCACUUCACCUGUCGUCUGGACCAACUGUGGCUUUUAAAGUUUUAAUGGUGCUAAUACAUCAUGUUUAUUUUUUAUCUUGUGGAAACAAGUUACCAUCGUCUGCGCACAAUUUUACAUAGAAUCCAGCAAAGAUAGUAAAUAGUGAAUUUAGCUCAUGGAUAUUGUUAAUUUUCCUAAUUAUUUUUCAUUUAUGUUCAUUUAUGUGCUAUUGACCAAAUAGCACUGCUGUCAUUUUUGAUUUUCGAUUAAACAAUCAGUCGAUUAACGAGAUCACUGGCCAUUCA